AACAAGAAUCAGCCAGCAAGGUGAGUCGUGGCGAGAGGUGAAGCAUCUCUAGAACGAGAACGAGAACGAGCGUCCUCACCGGACUCUGUAUUCCAUCUACUUUCGAUCUGCUCGAAAUCUCGUCCCUAGGAAGGGUCUCGUUGAAUCUCAAGCAGGAUGGCGGCGGAUGAUCCCCUCUGUCAGGAAGCUUUCGUGUCUGUCGAGUUUGAGGUUUUCGGUAAGGUGCAGGGUGUAUAUUUUCCAAAAUACGUGAGGGAUAUAUGCCUGCAAUUGGAAAUCUGCGGUUGGGUGAAAAACAGUAAAACCGGCACGAUCCUAGGAAAGAUGCAGGGACCUCGAGCGCUCGUUGAUCAGAUGGCACAGUGGUUAACAUCAGUGGGCAGUCCAGGUAGUGAGAUACAUCGUUGCGAGUUUACAAAUUGGGAAACUGUUACAAAGCAGCAAUAUCAAGGUUUUGCGAUUCGUUUCUGAGAGUAUAGCGCACAAUUGAACGUUUAUGUUUAAUGCUGCGUUAAACUCCAAUAUUAGGACAUAUAACAUCCGAAAGUCAAUUGUGCGAUGUAUGCAUCAGUAUCUUAAUUUACCUCGACAGUUUACGUACGAUUCGGUUGUGAUACAAUGUUUGGUUUGUAUUUUUAAUAAAUUAUAUAUAGGUGUAUAAAAAGAGAACUUUUAAAAGGUGAUUAUACUCUCAUAAGGCAGAAAUGUUAUAUUCGCGAUUACAAUGUGGAAUGUUUAUAGAUUCUCUUUCAUGUGUAAAAACGUAAGGACGUAAAGAUAAAUUAUAAUUAUGUGCACAUACUUUCGAACGAGGCUAAUUAAUGUCCUGUGAUAUAAUAGUAUGCCAAUGUAAGAUACAGAUAUUACAUACAUACAAGUACACUGUAAUCGUAAUUGUGCUCAAUUAAAUUGUCCGUAAUAAUACAACACGU